ACCCGCGCCGGAGGGGGGUUGGGGAGCCCUCGCGCCCUCGGGCAGCAGUUGCACUCUCGGAUGCAGCGGGUAGGGAGCAGUUUCUCCACCGGGCAGCGCGAACCCGGGGAAAACCGGGUGGCUUCCCGAUGUCCCAGCGUGGCCCUUGCUGAACGAAAUCAAGUGGCCACACUACCAGUGAAGCUGCUCAGGGAUGAACUGGCAGCGGGGCAGGGCAAUAGCUGUGAGGAACCGAGUUUCCAGGUGAAGGUGGAUGCCCAAGGUUUCGCUCCGGAGGACUUGGUGGUGCGGAUAGACGGCCAGAGCCUGACGGUGACCGGCCAGCGGCAUCAGGAGUCGAAUGACCCGAGCAGGGGCCGCUACCGCAUGGAGCAGAGUGUGCACCGACAAAUGCAGAUCCCGUCGACCUUAGAUCCUGCAGCCAUGACCUGCAGCCUGACCCCCUCUGGCCAUCUGUGGCUCAGGGGACAAAACAAGAACCUACCUGUACCCCCUGAAGCCCAAACAGGCCAGGCCCCGAGAGUCAAGAAGGGAGGAAGCUCUAAGGGUUCCAAGAAAUCCUAA